AUGUACGCAUUCCUAGCCUUCACUACUUUGCUGGUCUCUACACAAGCUUUCCUAUUCGGAGGCUUGAGUUCACUAUUCGGUGGGGGAUGUAACCCAUGUGCCCAAGGUGGUUACGGUGCCCAUGCUUCAGCUUAUUCAGGCUACCAUGCAGCAGCUCCAGCCUAUUCCAGCUACCAGUCAGCAGCACCAGCUUAUUCAGGUUAUUCACAGCAAGCAUCGUAUGGAGGAUACGCUGCUCAACCUUCUUAUGGAGGUUAUGGUGGAAGCUCUAGCUAUGGUACUAGCGGUGGCUACGGUGGAUAUGGAGGACAUUCUGGUUAUGGUGUAAGCUCUGGUUAUGGUGGAGCCGGUUAUGGUGGAAGCGCCGGUUAUGGUGGAAGUGCCGGUUAUGGAGGAAGUGCCGGUUAUGGAGGAAGCGCCGGAUAUGGUGGAAGCUCUGGCUAUGUUGGAAGUUCUGGCUAUGGCGGUUCUGGCUAUGGAGGAGGUGCCAGUUAUGGACAUGUGCAAGCUCCAGCCAGUUACCAAUCUUAUGGUGGUCACCAGCAAUCCUUCUCUCAAGGAUAUCAACAACCAGCUCCAGUCGUGAGUGAGCCCAUCUCACAGCCAUCGGGAGGAUACGCUCAACCAGCUGCUCCUGUAUUCCAUGGCUCACACCAACCCACCUACACUCAUCAUGAAGUAGCUCCACCAGCUCCACCAGCACCUGCCACAUACGAGCAACCUGCUGCUCCCGCUACUGUUGUAGAGAAAGUUACCGAAGUUGUCGCUCCAGCCUCGUACUCGAAGCCAGCUCCAGCUCCAGUAGUUGAGCAAAGCGGUUACUGA